GUCUUGGUUCAGUGAGGACCGGUUCAACUCGUUCGUCUCCUAAGAAACCCUUGCUCUGCUGUGCUUUGAGGCGGUGGCGCCGCUCGUUCCAGCUCCGAUGGGAUACAACCGAUCACGCCGCCCUGGGAACCGCUCUGAUCGUCGAGGGCAGGCAGGUACUAGCCGAGGAACUCAGUGGAAUGAGGACCUGAACAGUUCGCUGCGAACGCAUGAAGAAGAUGGUCAUGAAGAAACUAAUACUCCAAGGAUUAAGCUUGCAAUGUGGGAUUUUGGACAAUGCGACAUUAAAAGAUGUACUGGUCGCAAACUAUCAAGAUUUGGAUUAUUGAGGGAACUUCGUGUAAAUAAUGGUUUUGGUGGUGUUGUCUUAAGUCCUGUUGGGAAGCAAUGUGUAUCCAAGGAAGAUCAGGAAUUGAUUGAGCGAAAAGGACUUGCUGUGGUGGAUUGCUCAUGGGCACGCCUGGAUGAUGUUCCUUUUAUUAAACUUCGCUGUGGUGCUCCUCGCCUUUUGCCUUGGCUGGUGGCAGCAAAUCCAGUGAAUUAUGGCCGUCCAUGUGAAUUAUCUUGUGUUGAGGCUCUGUCAGCCGCUUUGAUAAUCUGCGGUGAGGAGGACACAGCAAAUCUGCUGUUAGGCAAAUUCAAGUGGGGGCACUCAUUCUUGUCUCUCAACAGAGAGCUACUUAAUGCAUAUUCCAAUUGCCAGACUGGAUCUGAGGUGAUAUCUUUCCAGAACUCCUGGUUAGCUAGUAAUUCACGAAUUCCGAAGCAACCACCAUGCCUAGAAGGUACACCCAAUGCAUCUCUAUGUUCUGAUCCAUCUGGUAGUGAUUCUGAAGAAGGAUUGCCGCCGCUAGAAGAGAACUUGAACCACAUGACAUUACAAGAGAGUGGAGAAAGUGAUGAAGAAAGUGAAUGAAAGGUGGAGUUAUCACUGAAAUUUUAUCCGAACUAUUUGCCUAUUAACUUUAAGCUUUGGAGGUUAGAAAAUUCAUGAGAAGAAUACUCAAAAUUUCAGAAAUUAUUAUAGAGAAUCUUGAGAUAAAGCUGGGAUAUCUCAUGCUUCCUUCAUGACUGCGAUGGCUACAGAGUUGAAAGCGAACAUUUAGGAUAAAAUAAUUGACCUACUGUAUCAACUGCUCACUUGCACUAUAGUUUUGUAAUAUAAAUUCGAAUGAUAUUUAUUUUGAUGGAAUAGAAAAAAAACUGCAUCAAUUUACUGUAAAUUUCAAUGCAUGUUCUUCCUUCUUGUUG